ACAGGGGCAGGGGCAGGGACAGGGACAGGGACAGGGACGGGGACAGGGACGGGGCAGCGCUGCUCCUCUCCUCUCCUCUCGCUAUCUGCCCGCCUGCCCGCCAGGGGGCAGCACUCUGCGGCACCGCUCCGUGCCCGAGCCCGUCACCGCUGCCGCUGUCCGCACGCUGGCGGCACCUGCCCGUCCCAUGGGGCGUGCGCCGCGCUCCAUCUCCUUCCCCGAGCUCCGUGCCGCCUGCGGCUCUCCGUCCCGCGGUCUCCCGGAUCGGAGCGGCCCCGGGAGCCGCGGCACCUCCAGGGGCAGCCCCAUCCUGUCCCGGUCCGGUCCCGUUUGCCGCCGGCCCCGUCCAGCCCCGGCUCUAUGGUUUGCGGGCGCUCUGCCCCGCGUGUCUCUAUGGCGGCGGCGGCCCCGCCCCGAGGCGGCCUGAGGCGGCCCCGGCCCUGCUCCGGACCCGGCCCCGCUGCCGCCUGCGGGCUCUGGGGCCCGGCAGCACCGCUCCGAGGCACCGGGGCCGCGCCGGCGCACGGGGAGCCGCCGAGCAGCGGCCGAUGUGGGAAAGCUUCGAGCGGCGUUUUCGGCCCGGUGGGCGCAGGGAGCCGGAGGAGGGGGAAGGAGCGGCGGAGAGGCCGGAGCAGCAGCGCUGACCCUGCGGAAUUCCCUCCGGCACAGCCCCUCCGUGAUCCUUCCCGCAUCCCGAGCCUCGCUCCGUCAUCCCGCAGCUCCGCCCGGCGUGCCAGGGUCCCAGGAUGUGGUGCCAGAGGCUGGCGUGGCUGCUCCGGGGGCGACACGGGAGCACCGGACAUCGCCGGCCGUGGCUGCCCCGGGGCCCCGAGACCGUCCUGGCUGUCCCAGCACGCUGCCGCCCCACGGCCCCGGCGUCCCCCUGCUGUGCCUGGCAGCUGCACCGAGACCAUCUCGCCUCCUCUGCUCCCAUCCCUGGCAGAGCUGAGGUACGGCAGCACCGUGAUGCGCCUGGAUUUCGUGUGGCUGCGGGACCACUGCCGCUCCGCCUCCUGCUACAACGCCAAGACCAACCAGCGCAGCCUGGACACGGCCAGCGUGGACCUGGCCAUCCAGCCCCAGGCUGUGCGGGUGGACGAGACCACGCUCUUCCUCACCUGGCCGGAUGGACACGUGACACGGUACGGGCUGGAGUGGCUGGCGAGGAACAGCUACGAGGGGCAGAAGCAGCAGGUCAUGCACCCCCGGAUCCUCUGGAAUGCUGAGAUCUACCGGCAAGCCCAGGUCCCCUCCAUCGACUGCCGGAGCUUCCUGGAGACAGACGAGGGUCUGAAGGAAUUCCUGCAGAGCUUCUUGUUGUACGGGAUUGCUUUUGUGGAGAAUGUCAUUCCCACCAAAGAGGACACGGAAAUCUUGGCAAAGAGGAUCAGCAUCAUCAGGGAGACCAUUUAUGGCAGGAUGUGGUACUUCACCUCUGACUUCUCCCGGGGAGACACAGCCUACACCAAGCUGGCCCUGGACCGGCACACAGACACCACCUACUUCCAGGAGCCCUGUGGCAUCCAGGUGUUCCACUGCCUGAAGCACGAGGGCACGGGAGGGCGGACGCUGCUGGUGGACGGGUUCCACGCGGCCCAGCAGGUGCUGCGCCAGGCCCCGGAGCACUUCGAGCUGCUGGCCAAGGUGCCCCUCAAACACGAGUACGUGGAGAACGUGGGCGGCUGCCACAACCACAUGAUCGGAGUGGGGCCGGUGCUCAACGUCUACCCCUGGAACAACGAGCUUUACCUCAUCAGGUACAACAACUACGACCGUGCCGUGAUCAACACGGUGCCCCAUGACGUGGUGCGCCGCUGGUACCACGCGCACCGCGCCCUCACCGCCGAGCUGCGCCGGCCCGACAACGAGCUCUGGGUCAAGCUGAAGCCAGGCAAGGUCCUGUUUGUGGAUAACUGGCGUGUCCUGCACGGCCGGGAGGCGUUCACCGGGUACCGGCAGCUCUGUGGGUGUUACCUGACGAGGGACGACGUGCUGAACACCGCCCGCCUGCUGGGGCUGCAGGCCUAGCCCACCCUCCAGAGAGCCAGGGAGCCCCCAGCCCCUCCUCUGGGAGAGGCAGGACCCUCCCAGUCCCACUGCCAGGAGAGGUGGGCAGCCCCCAGUCUCACCUCCAGGAGUGGCUGGCAGCCCCCAGUCCCACUUUUGGGAAAGGCAAGCAGCCCCUCGGUGCCACCCCUGGGAGAGGCAGGAGCCCCCAGCCCCACUCCACACCAGGCCAGGUGGGCUGGUGCCUCCCCAGGUGCUCCGGGCCCUCCGUGCCAGUGCCUCACCAGGACAAAGACACUGCAAUACCUCAGGCACCUCCACCCUCUCCGAGCAGCUCCCAGGGCCUGCUCAGGCGAGGGGGCAGGUGGAAACCAAAGGUUGUGGUACCAUUUUUUUGGACCACACUCCGCCUUAGAGCACAGGCAGCUCUUGCUGUCCAUGCUCCCAGCCUGGUCCUCCCAGCCAGGGUGGCUCAGUCGUGGUUAAUCCCACCACAGUAAGUGGUCCUCCAAGCAAGUGCCUUCAGGAUUCCCUGUUUGGCCUUUUUUUCAGCUGCCAGUUUCAGGGGACUUUUAGCAGAGCAGAAUGGAAAUAUCUGGGAUCUUGUCUCUUAUCACUGAUCACGCAGCCAAACAGCCUGAGAGAGGGCCUGGAAAGAUCCUGGUGUACUUUGAGCAUUUCAGAGAAGGUUUCGGUUAGAGAUGGGAAAGGGAAGCACCAAGAUCUGCAUGUUGGGAAGCAGAGAUGAUGAUGUUAGAUGAGGGAUGGAAUUCCCACUUUUCCUUGACUUCCAGUACUGCCAUGCUGCUGUUCCUUCUGCCUGUUGCACUGCACUUGUGGCAACGCUCAGCAGCCCCAGGAUUCCUGACAAACUUCCCACCGUGCCUCCUCUUCCAUUCUUUCUUAAGGAAUUGUUGUUAGGUCAUCAUCAUACUUUGGUGCAUGAAACUCACUCUUUGGGUGUAUUUUUUCCCAAAAUUCUCCUCCUCUGAAUGUAACUCAGAGGUGCCUUUGAGCUCCUGGGAUCUGGCAUGCUGAAGUGCCACAGGGUAAGGAACAAAAGCAGAUCCUGCUGUUAGACAUUUUUCAUUCUGCCAUAUCUUUUGGGCUGUUCCCUCUGCUCUGACCAGACCUUAAAGCAGGGCUGGGCCCCUUCACCCCUGGCUGUGCCGUGUGAGGUGCUCUGUGUCCUCGGGGCAGGGCAGUGCAGGUGCACAGGCACUGAAUUUGCUGCUCUUGUUUAAUCCAAACACUGAAUGUAGAGAUCAUGGUGCCAAGACAGUCCUGAAAUCUGCUCUUGCUGUGGGCUGAGCUCCCUGAUGCUCCCAGUCCUGGUGUUCCCUCUGCAGUGCUUCCCAUCCCCAGUGAAGCCCCUGGGAGUCAGCAGGGCUCAAAGGGAUUUCUGAGCCCAGGCUGGGCAGGUGGUGCCAGGGGAGCUGCCCUCUGUCAGGUAAAGCUCCAACGGCAGCCUUGGAUCCUGGUAGGAGCCAAUUUUAAAACUCAGCAGGAAAAUUAAGCCCCCUCCAGCCAAACCCUUUCCAUAGUGGAAGAAAAACAUGAGGAGAGGUUCUGAGUUGGAGUCACGAGUUACUGAAGAAAUCACAAUAAUCACAAUGAUAUUAAUAAAAGAUUGUACAAAAUGA